CGCUAAGUCGGCAGACUACAGAGCCUAGAAACGCGCGCUCUGUCUAUUUGAAACUGAUGUAGCUCGUAAAAGUACUGGCGGCAUUGUUCUGGGUCGCACAGGGACCUCAUGGAUCACUGCAGCGCAUUCUACCUGUUCAUCCCUCCCUGUCCCUCUGAACUAGAGGAGUCUUGAUUCUCAACACACGAUCACACUCGUUGCAUCACGUAGCAUUGUAUUUUGAAGCUAGACACCUGCUGGACUUUCUCAAAUCUCGCAAUUGUAUGGCGACUAUCGUCCACUUUUUGGCGACAUCUGGCACUCACCCUGCUGGAAGUCAUCUUCUAUCUGGGCCUCGGCUCUCAAGAACCUGCACAAACUGUUUCAAUCAGUGUCUCUCUGACUGAAUCUAGGUUCAGUGACCGCUGAAGUGAAACGUCGCACACAGCAUUCCCUCGAAGCUCGAGGUGGA